AUGAAGCUAAAAGAGAGUUCUAUCUAUCUAUCUAUCUAUCUAUCUAUCUAUCUAUCUAUCUUUUUUCCCAAAUCAUUUCACCCCAAAGAAAAAAAAGCCGCUAAAAUUAUAGCAUCGAAUCACAAGCGCCUGCUUUCCAGGCUUGGAUCCAGAAUAACCCUCAGUACAAAAUAUUGUCAGUUAGACAGGCAUUACUCACAGACAGAUGCUUAUAUGACAUUAGGUCAUAGGAAUAGGGCAACCAUUUACAAUCGAACUAACAAGACAAUUUUACAUGUUCCUUAUUUAAUCACAUCUAUCUAUCUAUCUAUCUAUCUAUCUAUCUAUCUAUCUAUCUAUCUAUCUAUGAUAACCGAUCAUUUUUUCAUUAUAUCUAUCUAUCUAUCUAUCUAUCUAUCUAUCUAUCUAUCUAUCUCUCUCUCUCUCUCUCUCUCUCUAUAUAUAUAUAUAUAUAUAUAUAUAUAUAUCGCUAAAGAUGCUGGAAAAAUGUUCGGCAUAGUCAUUAUAUAUAUACAUAUAUAUAUAUAUUAUUCUAUCUAUCUAUCUAUCUAUCUAUCUAUCUAUCUAUGCAGACUCUUUUUGGAGGUGCUUAUUAUAUAUUAUAUUAUAUUAUCUCUCUCUCUUUAUCUAUCUUCCUAUCUAUCUAUCUAUCUAUCUAUUUGCUGUUCAUAUCUAUCUAUCUAUCUAUCUAUCUAUCUAUCUAUCUAUCUAUCUAAGCCUGUUCAUAUCUAUCUAUCUAUCUAUCUAUCUAUCUAUCUAUCUAUCUAUCUAAGCCUGUUCAUAUCUAUCUAUCUAUCUAUCUAUCUAUCUAUCUAUCUAUCUAUCAGCAGCAUACUAAUAUAUAAAAUACUCCAAAGAGGAAUAUCUAUCUAUCUAUCUAUCUAUCUAUCUAUCUAUCUAUCUCUCUCUCUCUCUCUCUCUAUAUAUAUAUAUAUAUAUAUAUUAUAUCUAUCUAUCUAUCUAUCUAUCUAUCUAUCUAUCUAUCUAUCUAUCUAUCUAUCUAUCUAUCUAUCUAAUAUUGAAAUAUAUUAUUUGAAGAUUAUGUUGAAGCUACACACACGCACCUAUCUAUCUAUCUAUCUAUCUAUCUAUCUAUCUAUCUAUCUAUCUGGGGACGUUAAUUAUCUAUCUCUCUUGGACUAUUCAUUAUCUAUCUAUCUAUCUAUCUUGGACUGUUCAUUAUCUCUCCCCCCUCUCUCUCUAUUUAUCUAUCUUGGACUGUUCAUUCUAUCUAUCUAUCUAUCUAUCUAUCUAUCUAUCUAUCUAUCUAUCUAUCUAUCUAUCUAUCUUGGGCUGUUCAUUAUCUCUCUCCCCCCCUCUCUAUUUAUCUAUCUUGGACUGUUCAUUCUAUCUAUCUAUCUAUCUAUCUAUCUAUCUAUCUAUCUAUCUAUCUAUCUUGGACUGUUCAUUUUCUCCCCCUCUCUCUCUAUUUAUCUAUCUUGGACUGUUCAUUCAUUCAUUCUAUCUAUCUAUCUAUCUAUCUAUCUAUCUAUCUAUCUAUCUAUCUAUCUAUCUAUCUAUCUAUCUAUCUGGGGCCCAAAUUAUCUAUCUGUCUCCCAGUCUGUUCUAUCUAUCUAUCUAUCUAUCUAUCUAUCUAUCUAUCUAUCUAUCUAUCUAUCUAUCACAAUCUGUUCCUAUCUAUCUAUCUAUCUAUCUAUCUAA